AUGUCAAGUGGAGUGACUCCCACGCCUGUUGAUCCAGAGCUACAGGCAGAAGCUCUUCAGCGUUUUAACCCUCUUGUAUUCACUUUUGCUGUGCAAACUGGAAACACCAUAUGUCUCCCUAAAAUCAUUGAGUCUAUGACGCGUGACCCCGCCUUUGCGAAGGAUUUUUACGUGUUGGAUCGCAAGGGCGCUGGUCCACCUGCUCCUGAACCGCGUGGACGUUCUAGCGAGCGUCGUAGCAAGAUGGCGGACGGGGCGAAGAGCGCGGCAGCGCAGCUGCGGGAGGACUUUGUGCGGAUUGCGGUGGAGCGGGAGGUGCGGCGGCGCGAAGUGGAGCGGGCGGCGGCGGCGGAGCUGCAGGCCCUCACGGCGCUCUUCGUAGAGGAGGGACUUGACCCGGUAGCGGCAGAAAGGGCAGCGCUGGAGGAGCGGGCGGCGGCGGCGGCGGAACGGGCGUCCAGCGACGGGGACGACGGGGGUCACGAGCGGCCGGCGGCGUACGUCCUCCUCCCCGUUUGUCCAGCCACCGUUGAAGAGGUCGUGGAGCUGCACAACAGCGGUCUCCCCCUUCACGCCGUGGUCGCUCUCAGCAGUCGCGUCCCGCUUUCCGGGUCUCUCGCUGCUGAGACGCCACCAUAUCCAGCAGAUACCGCAAAGGGGAAGGGAAAGGGGCGGAGAGAAUCCAAGAAAGUGGGGACACAGAGAGAGAAAAAUCCUCAUGUAGAAGAAAAGGCGCCAUCAUCUUUAAUUGCAGAGUUACAACAGUAUAUUGCAACAGAAAAGCGAUCACCGCCCUUCUUGAGUGAUAUUUGCGUUCAUAUUUAUGAUGUACCAACAGAGGCGAUACCGUCCUCUAAUGCUGCAGCCAUAAUAACACCCAACGUCACUUCUUCUGCUGCAACAGGUGAUAGUGGGGCAACACUCAUGUAUCGCCUAAAAGGGACAGAAGGAGCUGUUUUUGCUGCUAUAAUGGACGUUGUAGUAUUACUCGGGGAGCGUUAUAUAAACUACUGUGAAUGGAAGCAAUUGCGUAUAGAGUUGAAUACACCUUCAUAUUUUCCCCUUAGUUACCCACAAACCAGUGAAGUAGCGCCCUCUACGAUGGAAGAAAAGGGGCGAAAAAAGUCUGUUAGUAGCAAAAAAAAAAAUAAUGCUCCUGUUCCUGUAACACCUCCUGCUUUUAUUGAGCCAAUUCCAGUUUUUGAGGCAUCUCCAAAAUACAUGAAAGAUGUUGUCGCUCAUAGAUCAUUAUACGAUUCUAUUCUUGGGGAGGGGAAAUUAGGUUCAUUUGAUAAAUCUGUUUUUCGAACUGCUUGUGUAUUGCAAAUUGCGGCAACGCUUUCAAGGAUAUCUCCGGAAUACUUAGACCCAUAUCCUAAUGCUGUGAAACGUGAAAGACAACAGAUGAUCAAAGACAAGGAUGAUGCCACAGCUUUUGUAAAGUAUAUUUUUGAUGUUGCUUUACAGGGUGUGGGUGCUGCUUAUCUCAACGCUCUUUCUAGUUCAGGGAAGUCUUUGGUCUCUGAGAAAACCAACCUUGGCUCUGCUAUAUCUACAUCCACAAACACAGAAAAUAUUUCAUUGGCGGAUGAUAAGACCAAUUAUUCUUCACUUUCUCCUUGUGUUGAUGAUGAUGAUGAUAAUAAUAGAUCAAUAAAUAUGAAAGAGGUUGUGAUUUCCCUUUUAUGUCAGUUAUUCGAUAUGAAUAUGGAACAAGCGUCGCAGUUGGUGACGGAGGUAACUUCACUUGGCAUUAUUCACACUGGAGCGCGCACAGAAUUAAAAGAAAUUUUAGAUAUGAAUAAAUCCCUUAGUUGGCAAAGGAAUAUUGAAAAGGUGGGUCGUUUUGAAGUAGAGGUUCUAUACCGUGGUGAUGGAUCUUCACGAACUGAGGGAUCUGUUUACGCUUUUCACGGUUCUACAAGUUUCUCAGAUUAUGUAGAGAUGGAGAAGUACUGCGCUAAAGAAGAAUUAUAUUAUACCCCACCUCCACCUGACAGUGAUGAAGAAGAGCCAAGUGAUGAAGAAGAAGAAGAAGAAGAAGAAGAAGAAGAGGGAAAAGAUGAUGACAAAGAAGAAAGGGAGGUUAAAGAAAUAUCAGAAGACGUGGUAGGAAAGAAAAAGAAAACAACUCGAGGGAAAAAGACUGAAGAACUUCCACCUGUGGAUCCUAUUGAGGAGGCAGAUACUACACUUCGUCGCCGUCGCACGUAUGAAGAUAUCUCGAGAAGGCUUCAUCAAAAAGAAAUGAUUGAACAGGAACUAAUGGUUUCAGGAAGUGGGGCCCAUUGUAUUGCUCAGGAACUUCAAUGGAUGUUUGCUGAUGAUGGUUCCACCAUUGAAGUUCGGCGUAUUGUGGGAAAUACCCGACAAAUGCACUGUACAGUAACAAAUCCAGGUGGACUUGUUUUUGGUUUCAUGACGCUAGAAGAGCCAUUACCGGAAGGAAUUCCACCUGAAAUAUCCAGUGGGGUGCGCUCCUUUCUUAUUAUUGAAGAUGUAUUAAGGUUUUUCUUUGAAGUUGUAGCUGAUAACACUGAUGCGGUGGAGCAAGCAGCCUAUAUUAGAGCUGUAGAGGCUGCCAAGCUAGAGGCAAAGGCACAGCAUGAUGCACUUGAACAGGCGAAACCAUCAAAAGGAAACAAGGAGAAAGUGGCACUACCGACUCUUGCCGCUUUGGAAGAAUCCCUGGUCUCAGAAAUUCCUCUCCCUAUUAAACGAGAAAAGAAACCACCGCAAACAAAUGUGAGAGCAUUAUUAAGAAAUGAAACAGAAGUUAUUUUUUCUGCUUCGGAUAAGUAUUUACAGCUUUCUGUUAUUCGUAGACUUCUCCAUUCUACACUUAUUGAUCUUCUCUUAGAUGUUUGGUCUGGUAAUGGAGUCUGUACUAUUAAGCUUCACUAUAUUGAAGCUAUCACAAUAUACGCUGAUGGUUGCGUAGUUUUGCAUUCUCCAGAUAUAGGGGGUUACCGUGUUUGCCUUGACAUGUUUGGCAACUAUAUUACAGUGAAUAAUGACGGUGUAAUAGUACGUGUUACUGCCUUGGGGAAACGAACUGUAGUGAAAUCGGACGGGAUAAUUAUGCCAUUAGAUCCCCUCCUGGUUUCUCAAUCUGUAGAUCAGCUGACAGGAAAACAAGUAUUGAAACGACAAGACGGAGUGGAAGUUACAUGGACUUCUACAGAUCAUCAUGAAGGAGUCAUAUAUUGCACAGGGUGUUCGUGUUCACGUGUGGAUAAGGGAUUUAUGUGGCAUUUCGCAGGAUAUCCGAUGGUUCGAGUAGACGUUGAUCCAUCUCGUUUGGCUCUUUUAGUGGAUAACAUUGAGACAAUUAUGGAUGUGGAGGAAAAAACACUACGGUUAAUACAUGCCCGUAGCGGGGGUGAGGCAGUUCUGGACUGGAAAACACAUCGACUGCAUGUUCGACCAAUGAUGGACGGAAAUUGUUUCACCAUAGAUUCUGCUUUUGCUGGAUUGUUUGCUUUAUCUGAAUCCACUUCAUAUUGUGUUUCUCCUUUUGGUCGCUGUGGUGAAAUACGAGAAGACGUGUUCAAAUCUAAAGAAGUGGUAUGUGAAAAUUUUGUGCAGUACUUUGAAGAAAAUGGGGGAAAAAUAGAAGAAUCGGCGUUACACAUGACUCAUACCACAUAUUCUCCAUUUUCUGUAGGAAAAUCUACCCACAACACAAAAUCAUUGUUGAAGAAUGCAACAGCUAUAAGCCACACAAAAUAUGCUGAAAGGAAAAUUGAUUCGUUGAUUACCUAUGAUAAAAAACCUUGUAAGGACCUUUUUCGAAUUGUACUGCAUUCAGGUAGUGGGUUGCCUCUUAUUUUUGUUAAUCCUUGGGUAUCCAGGGUAUUCUUGAACCGUUUGAAGGCUGACAUUAACCCAGUGUAUUCACGUCCACUUCUUAGUGGUUCCUUUGCUGAGGGUGCUAUUCAGGAGCAUAUUCUAUUCCUUCCUUCAUUAUGUAAAGAUACCAAGGUGGAUUCUCUUGAGAUCCUUCCAUUGGCAACAUCAGUUGCACAGUUUUCUCUCAUACCUAAAGUACAAAGUACAACACGUCAUCUUAUGGAAAAGGAAGUGGAUGCGAUACAUAUUGUUACAUUAAAAUCUGAUGCUCAUUUGGAUACAGAUGUAAUUGAGAAGUUACUACAUGGGGUAUACCUGCUUUCAAGGGAGGAAGAAAUGUGGUCAAAAGCGAUGAUAACAUUACCCCCAACAGAGGUUUCGCUCUCAACAACUCGCGCUGUUACUGAAACAAGGCGUCUUUCUUCACUUCAUGAUUUUGCUGUUGUUGAGGCAAAGGUACCACCUGUUAAUUCUUCGCUUUUCAGAAAUAGAAAAACAAAGAAAACCAACUAUAAUUACUGGCGGUUUACUGAGGUUCUCGUUGCAGAAGAGAAGAAUAAUGUUAAACUAAAUGCAAAUAACAACAACAACAACAACAACACUACCAAGAAGAAUAAUACAGCUGAAAGUAUUCAAGCAGCACACAAUAAAGAAGAAAACGGUGCAGCUAUAGCGUACUCUGAAUCACCAAUAACCAUGGAAUCCCAAGUGAAAGGUAAUCAUCUUCCAGUUAUGCAUUCUACUAUCAAGAAAGAGAUGCCACAGCAGGAGCAUCACUUUGUUCCAUCAUUAACUGUUUCUCCGCCGACACUUUCAUUUGGGCGUGUCGUGCGAGGAUAUCGCUAUGCCCUUACCCUUGCCCUCACCAAUACUUCCACCGUGCCCUGCCGUUAUCGUAUCACCUUUCCUGCGGAGUAUAAAAAGAUCUUGCGUGUUGAUUACCCGCGACACUUCUUGGCGGCAGGACUUACUAUUGUGGCAAAGGUGGAGCUAUCAGGAAUGCAGCCUAUUGGGGCCAUGUGUGUGCAGUUAAAUAUUGCACACGAAGGAGGUACCACUGCUGUUUCAGUCGAAUUUGAGACCCUAAGUGAAUCAGACAAUGCGCUGGUAAGUUCGCAAAAUACAUCGGUAGUACUGGUGGGUCCCACGCCGCUAAAUACAUUUGUACCUGGAACAACGCAUAGACGACCACCUCAUCUUAUCCAAAGGGAACUGGAAGAGGGAAACGGCACAGACGUGGUCUCCUAA